CCUCCGCAUAGGCAGAUUCAUCGUAACAGAGCUUCGUACUCCUGCCACUCGUGCCGGCGGCGGAAAGUAAAAUGUGAUCGCCAGCAUCCCACGUGCGGCAACUGCUCCAAGAUGGCGGAGCCGUGUGUGUAUUCCGACAACACCGGUAAGGGAGCAAAAAACAAGAACAAGGACCGACAAGCGGCCUCCUCUUCCUCUGCCUCUUCCUCCUCUUCUUCGACGGAGAUCACCGGAUUGUCGCCGAAACGGCUGCGGACCAACUCGGGCAACGGCCGCAGCAGAUAUGUGGGCACCAGCUUCUGGGCUCUACUUAGCAAUGAGAUAACCGACCUCAACCAGGUGCUCAAGAGCCCCAACAAGGAAGCUUCUUGCACAAAUAACGCACCUGUAUCGACGCCCCCACACUCGGCCUGUACGCCCCCACCGGAGGCGGACGGUAUCUUCCGCGCCUACGGAAACAUCGACAGCGGAAAGGAUAUACUCUCGAUCCUACACUCCAUCCCAUCCCGAAAGCGCUGCGAGGUGCUUUACCGAAGCUUUCUCGAUGGAGUUCACCCGAUAAUGCCGCUGAUCCACGUCCCCACGUUUUCGAGCGAGUGGCGAAGUUUUUGGUCCUGGUUCCCGGAGAAUACGCACACCCUCCCGGGUGGCGAUCUUCUGGAUAAUCCGACAUUUAUCCCAUUACUCCUGGCGAUCCUGUACGCUGGUGCGGCCUCCAUGAGUGCGAAGGCGAUCAGUGCCAGCUUCGAUGGCCGUAGCAAGGAAGUAGUCGUCAACCAUCUGUUCGCUGCAACGACUAGCGCGCUUGCCGCCACGGCGUUUCCCCGCUCGCCCACGACGAACUCGCUCAUCGCGUUUCUCAUCGUGCAGACUUGUUUGAUCCGCGAGGAGGAGCCACUUACUUCCUGCUCGUUUAUCGGCACGGCUAUGCGCAUCGCACAACAGAUGGGCUUGCACCGUGACGGCUCCCUCUUCGGCCUCGGCGAAGUCGAGUGUGAAGUCCGCCGCCGCGUUUGGUGGCACAUAAUGCACCUGGAUAUUCAGGGGGCCAUCGCCACCGGUCUUCCGCCGUUGGGUGGCAGCAGCGAAGACCAGUUCGACACCAAGAUGGUGAGCGAGCUCGGAGACGAGUUUAUCGGAUGCGAGCCGUCGGACUCUUGCGACGCGAACCGAAAUUCGCCGGCCAUGAUACUCGCCGUCGGCAGGUACGAGACCGCGCAGCUGCUGCGGAAGAUUAUCGUCCGCCUGCUCGGGAUCAAGCCGCCGCGGAAGGCCGACAUCGCCGAGAUGGGCCAGAUGAUAAUGGGGCUCAAAGGUAAGCUCGAGGAGAGGAUCGCGAGGAUUCCGGCUAGAGGAUUGCCAGAGAUGGGAUUCAUUCCUCACGAAGAAGUCGAUGGCGCUGAGAGGGAGGGCAUCUUCAAUUCGUGGGCACGCAUAAUGUUGAGCAUGAUGAGCGAUCGAGCAUAUGGGGUGCUCUACCAGCCGUUCUUGAAGAGCACCAAGAGCAAGAUGUGGUUGCACGCGAGACAUUGCGCCCUCCGCUCCGCACACUCCUUCCUCCGAAGCUACAUCCACCUCUCGCGAUCCCCCCUCUUCGCCCCCUACCACUGGUAUUGCCCAGUAACCUACCAACCCCUCCACGCCAUCAUGAUCCUCCUCUUGGAUCUCCACGAACGCCCACUAGCCCCAGAAGCCCCCCGCUCCCGCGUCUUCGUCGACGAGAUCUUUAGCCUC